UGAAGGAAUUUUCUCUUUUCCAUCAUCUUUUUUUUAAGUUUAUCAAGAUUGAGCUGAUUUGGCCUAGCUCUUUAUAUAUUCUUUCCUUUACUUUUGCUGAGCCAUUAACAGGCAUGUUGCUUCUCUCUCCCUACCAAACCUCUCUUGCUUCUGAGUGCAUUUGCAGUGUGGGAAGCAUGAGGAGUUUUUCUGGUUGGUUACUGAUGUAAAGCUUACAUACACAUAAAACAAAAGAAACCCAUUUCAAGGUUGGUUUUGGUUGAAUCCUUCAACUCAACCACUUCUACCGGCUACCCAGUAGCUCCCUUUAUAACAAGAAGCUCCUUUUCUCAUCUGGGUACCCUUAGAAUUCAAUGGAAACACUGAGAAGGGAAACUGUUCUGUGCUUUGUGGCUUUUCUCUGCUUAUGGAAUUCCGCAAGUGCUUUGCUCUCUCCCAAAGGCGUCAACUUUGAAGUGCAAGCUUUGAUGAGUAUUAAAAAUUCGCUGAUAGAUCCUCGCAGCGUGCUUGAAAAUUGGGAUAAAGAUGCCGUUGAUCCAUGUAGCUGGAAUAUGAUCACUUGUUCUGAUGAUAAACUAGUCAUUAGCCUAGGAACCCCAAGUCAGAACUUAUCCGGUACUCUUUCCCCAAGCAUCGGAAACCUAACAAAUCUCCAGACAGUACUCCUACAGGAUAACAGCAUAUCAGGACCAAUUCCCUCAGAGCUUGGAAGGCUAUCAAAGCUUCACCUGCUCGAUCUUUCUAAUAAUUUUUUCACUGGAGAGAUCCCCACUUCCCUAUCUCAUCUCAAAAGCCUCCAGUACCUGAGGCUAAACAACAACAGUCUCUCCGGAGCAAUUCCUUCAUCCUUGGCUAAUAUGACUCACCUCGCGUUUCUGGACAUGUCCUACAAUAAUUUGAGCGGUCCUGUACCAGGGUUUGCUGCCAGAACAUUCAACAUUGUUGGAAACCCUCUAAUAUGUCCAACCGGGACUGAGAAAGACUGCUUUGGGAGACCAACACCGCUGCCCGUCUCUAUUAGCAUGAACAAUUCUCAAAGCUCUCAACCUUCUGCAAGACCUAAAAGUCACAAGGUUGCCUUAGCAUUUGGGUCAAGCCUAGGAUGCAUCUGCCUACUGAUUCUCGGAUUCGGGUUUCUUCUCUGGUGGAGGCAGAGGCACAACCAGCAAAUAUUCUUUGAUGUUAACGAACAAUAUCGUGAAGAAGUUUGCCUUGGAAACUUGAGGAGGUUUCCAUUCAAAGAACUUCAAAUUGCCACCAACAACUUCAGCAGCAAGAACAUACUUGGAAAGGGUGGUUUCGGGAAUGUCUACAAAGGAUAUCUCCAAGAUGGUACCGUUGUAGCCGUGAAAAGGCUAAAAGAUGGAAAUGCCAUUGGAGGGGUGAUCCAAUUUCAAACUGAAGUGGAGAUGAUAAGCCUUGCAGUGCAUAGGAAUCUCCUAAGACUUUAUGGAUUUUGUAUGACGACGACAGAGCGGCUCUUGGUUUACCCCUACAUGUCAAACGGCAGCGUUGCUUAUCGUCUUAAGGCCAAGCCAGCAUUGGACUGGAGUACAAGGAAAAGAAUUGCCUUGGGGGCCGCAAGGGGUUUAUUGUACCUGCACGAGCAGUGUGACCCCAAGAUAAUUCACAGGGAUGUGAAGGCUGCAAAUAUCUUGCUGGAUGACUACUGUGAGGCCGUAGUAGGAGAUUUUGGUCUGGCAAAGCUUUUGGAUCACCGGGAUUCGCAUGUCACAACAGCUGUUAGGGGUACUGUGGGGCAUAUAGCUCCAGAGUAUCUCUCAACAGGCCAGUCCUCGGAAAAAACAGAUGUUUUUGGAUUUGGGAUCCUUCUACUUGAAUUAAUUACCGGCCAAAGAGCUCUAGAAUUUGGGAAAGCAGCAAACCAGAAAGGAGCUAUGCUGGACUGGGUGAAGAAAAUUCACCAGGAAAAGAAGCUGGAUAUGCUAGUGGACAAGGAUCUGAAGGCCAACUAUGACAGAAUAGAGCUGGAGGAAAUGGUUCAAGUAGCUCUCUUGUGCACCCAAUACCUUCCGAGUCACAGACCUAAAAUGUCUGAAGUGGUUCGAAUGCUUGAAGGAGAUGGGCUCGCAGAGAAAUGGGAAGCGACUCAAAGGGCGGAAGCAACCAGGUGCAAAGCCAAUGAGUUCUCCUCUUCAGAAAGAUACUCUGAUCUUACUGAUGACUCUUCAUUGCUGGUGCAAGCAAUGGAGCUCUCUGGACCCAGGUGAUAUAAUUCCAGUAAAGGAGACAACGGUUCUGGAGUAUGAAAAGAAGAAAGCCAUCAUAGAUUCAGAAAGCAAGAAUCUAUGUUGAAAUGAGUUUGUUGUAUAGUAGCAUCAUAAUGGAGCUCUACAGACUUUGUGUUAAUUUCUGACUGUACAGAACAUGAUUUGAGAGAAACUGACGUUUAGUUGAGUGCUACAUGUCCUUUUCCUUUUGUUCCUCCUGUUGAGUGAAGAAGCUUUCUGGGGAUUGUCCAACUAGAGUGUUGAGCUUUGUGAUCAAUAAUCUUCUUGGAAUGAGUUUUCUGUUUGUCAUCUUCAUUUUUAUUGCAUGUACAAGAAUUUCAAAGAGAUUCAUCGAUAAUCAUUACCAUGGGGGCUCUUCAUUUUCUCUUCUU